AUGCCGCGCAUCACCCAAACCCAAGAGGUCAACUCCCAACCAGGACCUUCCUCCUCCAAUGCCGCCACAAACCGUCCCUCCACCGACGCUUUCGUCUACAACCCACGACAAACAGACUCCGACAGACGAAAAGUUCGUUCCGACUACCGUCAACUCAUAGCCCAAGCGGAAGAAUCGAAACGCGAUUCUUCCCUAAAACCUGCCGACCUUCUUUCCCUCAUUCGUAAAGCAGAUGAAUUGCACGAAAGGGUAGUAGCUCCAAGUGAGAGUAUUUUGGAUACGAAGACACUCAGUUCCAUGUCGGAAAUGGGAGCUAGGAUGGCCAAGAAGAUCAAGUUGAACCAGGAUGCGUUUGAUACUCAAGAAUUUAUCACCCGUCUAGCAAGGUUUCUUGGCGGAGAAGCAGCUCCGCUGAGAGGACCCGUGGCGAGAGACGACAGUGACGACGAACAACAGGCUCAAGUGGACCGAUGGGAAUGGCAAAAACUAAGUCAACUAUCAUCAUCCCUCUCCCGUCGAGCCAUAACCAUCGACUUCCUUCUCGGACCGCUCAAGAUCCAAACCAAGCAGCGACGAGUGAUCCAACGACGCCAAGAAGAAGCCCCCACCGAACGAACCGCGCCUCGCGCACUCCAACAGCAAGACCUUCAAAACACAGCAGGCAGAGAAAGCACCCAUCAAAUCCUCCAGGUAGCCAAACUCCUCACACAACAAGGCCCCCACGGCAUCUGUCUGUUCAAGUUUGCAGUCGAUCCAGAGAGUUUUGUCAAUACCGUGGAGAACUUUUUUCAUGUUAGUUUUUUGAUUAAAGAGAAUAAGGCUAGAUUGAGGACGGAUGCAGAAGGGAAUGCGGUGUUGAGUAUUGCGCAGCCUCCGGUGGCGGAAGGGGAGGAAGGGGGGCAGGAAGGCGAGGAGGAAGGCGAGGAGGAAGGCGAGGGAAGAAGUAAGCAGUUUAUAAUGGAGAUUGAUUAUCAGACUUAUUUGGAGACUAUUGAACUUUAUCGGAUCAGGGAGAGUGUUAUUCCGACCAGAGCGAACAGGGUGGAUGGUCUGGGGGGGAGAGAGGCUUUGCACAGGGCUAGGGGGUCGCAGGGAUGA